CCACUCCCCACCUCCCCCUCUCGCUCCCAGCUCUCUCGGCGUUUCUGUGCGCUGUCCUGUGCUGUUCCCCUUUCAUCCCAGGCCCUCUCCAUUACGGUGGAUUCAUGCUCAGCUCUCGCCCUCCUCGGUCGCCAUGCAGAACAACCACCACAAGGAGCACCUCUACAAGAUCCUUGUGAUAGGGGACCUCGGGGUCGGCAAGACCAGCAUCAUCAAGCGGUAUGUCCAUCACAACUUCAGCCCCAACUACCGAGCGACCAUCGGGGUGGACUUCGCCCUCAAAGUCCUCAACUGGGACCAGGAGACGGUGCGUCUGCAGCUGUGGGACAUCGCAGGUCAGGAGAGGUUUGGCAACAUGACCCGUGUGUAUUACCGAGAAGCUAUGGGCGCCUUCAUUGUGUUUGACGUGACGCGGCCCGCUUCCUUUGAGGCUGUCACAAAGUGGAAGGAGGACUUGGAUUCCAAACUGACACUUGCCAAUGGGAAACAUGUGGCCACCGUGCUUUUGGCUAACAAAUGUGACCAGGGUCGGGAUGUACUCACCAAUAAUGGAAUAAAGAUGGAGCAGUUCUGCCAGGAGAAUGGCUUUGUGGGGUGGUACGAGACAUCUGCUAAGGAAAAUAUCAACAUUGAUGAAGCAGCUAACUGCUUGGUGAAACACAUCAUUGCCAGUGAGAACGACAUGCUCCAAUCAGAGAUCCCGGACACCAUCAUACCUCAGUUAGAGAAGGACAAAGGCGGGACAUGCUCCUCCUGCUUCAGGUCCCAGUAACAGUACCACCCAACACUUGGACGUCUUUUUGUAUCUCGUUACACACAAAAUCAAGUGGGUGUGUGAGCAGGUGACAGAGGGAGAACUACUUUGACUGUGUUUGAGUACAAGGGUAUGGGUGGCAGCUCUUUUCCUGUCUUGUAGCUCAGAUGGGUGGGUGGCUGGUAUUCGGGUGGGGGUUGUGGGUGGACGACAGAAGCAGCUGGCAAAAGAAAUGGAUGGAUUGAAACAGGGACUGAAAUAGGGGAAGAUAGAUGGAUGCAGCUGUGUGCGGUUGUCAAAUGCAAGGUCACCCUCUGGGCGACUUCAAGCCUUGACACUGCCACUUCAGGUUACCAUGGAGAUGGAGUUAAUGAACACAUGCACAGAGAGGUUGCAGUGAAUCACAGAAUAUCUGCACCAAAGGUCUGCAGAGGUAAUCACUGCAGACAACAUAGAAGAGCUGUCUCUCUUUCUCCUUCACACUGUCGUCCCUGCUUUCUUCCACUGUGUUUUUUCCUCCGUACCCUUCUCUGAUAACAUUUUUAUUUUUUCAUUCUUGACUAAUGGGCAAGCAAAAAGUGACCAACCAUCCAAAGCAGUCUCCUCUCAGUCCUGAUAAGACACAGCACAUAAAAUGGUUUAUUUUGCAUCAUCAUUUCUUGGGUCUAUGCAUGUCCCCGAUAAUGUAAUGUAAAGCGGUUUAUGUAAUUAAAGUGCCUUUUCUAAUGCAACCCUUUUUAUGGAAUGUUCUCAGUAGAUAUCAAUAGAUGUAUUAACUAUAUAUAUAUUAUUUAUGAAUGAUCCUAAAUGUGCAUAUUUCUUCUUUCUUUUUACCGCUGAGGUAGAAUUCAACCCAAUUCUAUGGCAGCGUGUUAAAGAUUCCAUAAUAAACACUGACUGUGUGUUGAAGAAAGUCAAAGCAAAUAAGAUUCAUAUAAAAUUUCUGUUCCACAGUGAAUUGUUUGUAAUAAUUGUAAUUAUGGAAUAAAUGCAAAUAUGUCUACAACUAUGUACAUAUUAUAUACAGCAGAUUAUAGAACCAAAGAUGUAUCCAGUUUUCAAAAAAUGUUCAUGUGAAUAAACCAUAGCUGUAUUGACUGUC